AUGCUGGAAGUUCCCUUGCGAUUCAUCAAACGUACCGCGCUCGCACUGUUACUAGAAGUCCGAAAGAAGACCAAAUCACUGGCACAAGCCCAGUAUAAGGGAGGUGGUCGAGUUGACGCAAAAUGGUUUCAGAGAAAGACAUGUUCGCCUCACCAGAUUCUAGACGCGGCGGCACAUCUCAUACGCUCUCGCUAUUUUGAUGCAGCAUCAACAGCCAUACAAACCAGGAU